AUGCAGUUGGCUUCGAGCACUAAGAAGCAGAGGUCCAUCAGCUCGGCAGCAUCUCAGAGCGCCAUAGGAUCACCGAAAGGCAAGGAAGCUGCGGUGGUGACCAAGCGAGCAACCAAGACACCGACGCCGAACAGCACGCAGACUGUGACAGGCACACCCCAAGAGAAGCCUCACGAAUGCCUUACGUGUCACGCGCGCUUUGUGCGAGAGUCCAAUCUAAAGAGACACGCCAAAACGCACGCAGAUGAGCGAACACACACUUGUUCCAAUUGUGGCCGUAAUUUCUCUCGUGUUGAUGCACUUGCGCGACAC